CGCCCGAUUAUCCCCUCAUCUCCAGAUAUCAAUCAACACAUAUCCUUCGUUUAAGAAAAAAUGUCGAGUGAAUUUGGAGGUUCUCCGGGGCAUGGAGUCACCGGAAGAGAACCAAUGCUGGCGUUUUCAGUGGCUUCUCCGAUGAGAUCGAACAACAAGGUGGUGAAGUUCGACUUGCCAGUGGACUCGGAGCACAAGGCCAAGAAAUUCAAGCUCUUCUCAUUCGCCAAUCCGCACAUGAGGACGUUCCACCUCUCUUGGAUCUCCUUCUUCACCUGCUUCGUCUCCAUGUUCGCCGCCGCCCCGCUGGUUCCCAUCAUCCGUGACAACCUCAACCUCACCAAGUCGGACAUCGGAAACGCCGGAGUGGCCUCCGUCUCCGGCAGCAUAGUCUCCAGGCUGGUGAUGGGUGCCGUCUGCGAUCUCCUCGGCCCGCGGUACGGCUGCGCGGUUCUCAUUAUGCUGACGGCGCCGCCGGUCUUCUGCAUGUCCUUUGUCUCCUCCGCCGGCGGGUACGUGGUGGUCCGUUUCAUGAUCGGGUUCGCUCUUGCGACGUUCGUGUCUUGCCAGUACUGGAUGAGCACCAUGUUCAACGGUCAGAUUAUUGGGCUCGUCAACGGAACCGCCGCCGGUUGGGGGAACAUGGGCGGCGGCGCCACCCAACUGCUGAUGCCGGUUCUGUUCGCAAUCAUCAAAAGUGCCGGAUACACGGCGUUCACCGCCUGGAGGAUCGCCUUCUUCGUACCAGGUUGGCUCCACGUCAUCAUGGGUAUUUUGGUCUUAACACUCGGCCAAGAUUUACCCGACGGAAACCUCGGUGACCUUCAAAAGAAGGGAGAUGUUGCAACAGAUAAAUUCGGCAGGGUAUGCUGGUAUGGAUGCUGUGACAAUUACAGAACAUGGAUUUUCGUCCUCCUAUACGGCUACUCCAUGGGAGUUGAACUGACAACUGAUAACGUGAUUGCCGAAUACUUUUACGAUAGGUUUGAUCUACAGCUUCACACCGCGGGUGUGAUAGCGGCAUCCUUCGGCAUGGUGAAUCUCGUGUCCCGCUCGUUCGGCGGAUUCGCAUCGGAUUAUAUGGCUCAACAUUUCGGAAUGAGGGGAAGAUUGUGGAAUCUAUGGAUCCUCCAAACAAUGGGGGGAGUUUUCUGCAUUCUCCUCGGAAAUGCUGCGUCUCUUUCCCUCGCCAUCACUUUCAUGAUCAUCUUCUCCAUCGGAGCUCAGGCCGCCUGUGGAGCUACUUUCGGGGUCGUCCCUUUUGUUUCGCGGCGGUCUUUGGGAAUUAUCUCGGGUUUGACUGGCGCCGGAGGAAACAUCGGCUCCGGCUUAACGCAGUUAUUGUUCUUCACAAACUCUGAACACAGCACCGGAACGGGGUUGAUCUAUAUGGGGAUAUUGACAGUAGUGUGCACUAUUCCGGUGGCUUUUAUCCACUUCCCGCAGUGGGGGAGCAUGUUCCUUCCGGCUUCCAAGGGCCUCGUUGAAGAACAUUACUAUAUCAAAGAGUAUAGUAAGGAGGAGAGAGAGAAGAAUAUGCACGCCGGCAAUAUGAAGUUUGCCGAGAACUGCCGAUCUGAACGCGGGAACCGUGAGGGUUCCGCCGUGAAGCCGCCGCAUGCUUGAUUUCUAAUUGUUUUUGUUGGAGUUUUUGAAAGUUUGAUUCGGUUGGUUUUUGGCCAUUCGUAAUUAAGUAUAAAUGUAUAAAUAUAUGUGUGGAAUUCGUUUGAAAAAAAAGAAAAUCUUAAUUCGGUUGGUUUUUGGGAAUUAUUCUCAAAUUCACAAU